GGAGGUGGAGUGCGAAGCAGAAAGGCACAGCACCAUUUCCUCGCCUCGCCUGGGUCGGGGCGCGCGUGCGUGUGCGUGUGCGUGGCGUCUCCUCCUCUCUCUUACUUCCUCCUCCCAUCCCCAUCUCUCCUCCUCCUCCUCAAUUCGGAGGAAGCGAGGGCUCGCGCCCGAUCGGCUUGGUGGCUCGCCGCGAUGGCGACCGAUGCCGGCGCCGCCGACAGGAGCUCCGUCUUCCGCAAGCUCCGCGCCAAAUCCGACAAUAAGAUGUGCUUCGACUGCAACGCCAAGAACCCCACCUGGGCCUCCGUCACCUACGGCGUCUUCCUCUGCAUCGACUGCUCCGCCGUCCACCGCAGCCUCGGCGUCCACGUCUCCUUCGUCAGGUCAACAAAUUUGGAUUCAUGGACCCCAGAACAGUUGAAAAUGAUGGUUUAUGGGGGAAACAACCGUGCACAAGCUUUCUUUAAGCAGCAUGGUUGGACUGAUGGUGGAAAGAUCGAGGCAAAGUACACUUCAAGAGCUGCUGACUUAUACAGACAGUUGCUCCUCAAAGAGGUUUCUAAAAGUUCCACAGAAGAUGGCAAUAAUAGUGGGCCGCCCUCCCCAGUCGCAGCUUCUCAGACUUCAAGCCAAGCAGCUGCAUUUCCUGAUUUCAAACUGGCAGAGGUGCCGAAAGUAGUUGUGAAUGAGAAGAAUGAGCCUGAGUCUGAAACUAUUCGUUCACCUAAAGCUCCUACCCAUUCAUUCAAGAAGCCAAUCGGUGGAAAGAAGCCUGGAAGUAAGACUGGUGGACUUGGUGCGCGCAAGCUUACGACAAAGCCAAGUGAAAGCCUCUAUGAGCAGAAACCUGAAGAGCCAGCUCCUGCCCUGCCAUCAGUGGCUGAAAGCACUACAGCUAGGAGCAAAUCUCAUACUUCCCGAUUUGAAUAUGUGGAAAAUGUACCUUCUGCUGGGAGCAGCUCUGCGGAAAACCAGGCGUUUGGGCAUGUUGCGCCCCCAAAGUCUUCAAACUUUUUUGGUGAAUACGGGAUGGACAGUGGAUAUCACAAGAAAUCUACUUCUGGUGCAUCCAAAAUGCAGGUCGAGGAAAGUAGCGAAGCAAGACAGAAGUUCUCAAAUGCAAAGUCUAUUUCAUCUUCUCAGUUUUUCAGUGAUCAAGCCAAUUUAGAAAAAGAGGGCCAAAUCUCCCUCCAAAAAUUCUCUGGAUCCUCUGCCAUUUCAAGUGCUGAUCUGUUUGGCCAACAAGCGAACAAUUCUAAUGCCGAUCUGAGUGCUUCGGAUUUGAUCAACAGAAUCUCCUUCCAGGCCACUCAGGACUUGACCUCUCUCAAGAGCAUGGCUGGGCAGACUGGGAAGAAGCUGACAUCUAUGGCGUCCAACAUCAUAUCUGAUCUUGACCGGAUCCUCUGAGCUGAAUUUACAGUCAAGACUCUAUCACAGGCCUUCGGCGGUCCGCCUCUCCUGAUUGUUAGAGCAUGACAACAGAUUGGUGGUGGCUCUGUAUAAGAGUCCAUAGGAAUCUUAAAACUUAAAGUCGGUAGAGAAAGAAUGAGGAUUUUCUCGCAAAUGCUUUCUGGCUAAAGUCGUAAUAGCAUUUGGAGUUUCGUGGGAACCAGAUGGGUGUUGUGCUACCAAAGAAAAUGCCUUUGCUUUGUAAUGACCAUUUCAUACCAUAUAUGGUUAUCAGUA